AUGGCAAAUAAAGCAAAGAAAACUUAUGCUCUUAUACUUUUAUACUCGCAGUGUAGACCUAUGAAUAUUGCAGAUAUUAAGUGGCAUGUUUUAUAAAUAUUAUUUCAUAGCCUACUGUGAUAUAAAAUUUUCAUAAUGUCACAAAGUAUAAAUACUCCAUUUCUGAUAUAAUUUGCCCACUAUUUUUGAUAUUUAUAUUUUUCAAUCUUUUGAUCAAAUAAAAACGUAUUUUAUUUUUUCAGUUUUAUAAAACAACGUUUUUCCCUACUAUGAAAAACUAUGCAGAUCUGUACUAUCAAUCCGUAAGUUAAUAUAGCAUUCUAAAUAAUAAAUUGAAUUAAAAUUUUAAUUUAUUAUAAACAACAAUGUGUAACAUUACAACAUAUUGUAGAUCUGCAGACAAGCAACAACAACGACAAUCAAUUAUCGAAGAGAAAAAUAAAAUUAAUGUAAAUUAAAAUAUAACUUUGAAUAAAAUUAUUAUAGUAUUAGGUUAGUGUAUAUAAAAAUAUCGUUUUUUUUUUUCAAAUAAAAUUUUAAUCUUUUAGAUAAAUCACGAUGAAUGCUGCAAUUGCUGUUGUUGUACAACUCAACAUAUGUGCUAUGUAAGUGCUAUUAAGUACAUUAUCGUUAUAUCAAACAAUUAUUUCCUUAAAAAUUUCAAUUAUUUACAGAAAUAUGUACAGCCGGAAGUACCGAAGUCCUUCGCCCCAAUUCGCGUAAGUGUGAAACUUCAAUUAAAAUAAUUCUUUAUAUCACGUAUUUCGUAUUCUGUAAAAUAAAUUAUUAGCACCGAUUCUAAUCGAGAGAUCCUAAUUGACUGAAUCCUAGUCGAGAGAUUCUAAAAAUACAUUAUUCGAAGGACCAGCGAAUUUGGAAGAACAGUUGCAUCCAUAAAAAGCUUCUUUAAAGAUUUUCUUCUUUCCUUAAUAAUAUUUUAUUACAACUCAUUUUAAUACAACUCGUUUAUUAUUUCAGUAUUAUUGGAGAUCGGGUAUCCCAAUGGAUGAUAACACUACGUAUCGACUUUCCUACUGGGAAUGCCCGAGUGUUCCUGUAGAUCCUAUUUCACCCCAAAAUUGGCUAGUUGUCGGAGAUGGAGAAAUAUCAGACGAAACAACAUACAAAAACAGUUAUUUUAAUCACUUAUGCGUAAAACCUGAAUCACCUUGUAUACCUUGCGAAAAACAAUGGCUCGGCAGAGGUCCUAUACAAGAUGUUACGACUCAAAAACACGACUACACAUGGAAGACUAUACCGCAAAUAGAACCUUACAAAGCGCAAAAUAAUUUAUACUGUCCACCUGCACCGCUACUCGACGAUACAACAUAUAAAUUGAGUUACUAUCAGUCCGGUUGUAAUUUGCCCACACUGUCUUAUGCUCCCAUAAGAAAAUAUGUUAAGCCAGAUGUUCCAAUGGAAGAUCAUACAACAUACAAUCUUAGUUACUGGCCGAAUGAGCCUAUGAAAGAAGAACCUUUAUGGAAAAGAGAAGAAUAUAUGCCACCUGUCGAACCGAUAGAUGGGUGCACAACUUACAAAUUAAGUUAUUGGCCACAUUCGGAGAAAAGACGUUCACCAAUCAAGACACAGGAAAGUAAUAAUCUUUUAAAUGCUGGUUGUUGCACCGAUGACAACACAACUUAUCGUCUAAGCUAUUUCGGCUGUGGGGGAGAUAAACAAAGUCUGAUUCGUCAACCUGACAAUAUUCACUUCUCGUCUUGUCCUCUGUCUUAUGACACUAUACAUCGGGUUGCACUACUUACAGACUUUCCUUCUUAGAAAAUGAUAUUAAAUCGUUAACACCUACUCAAAACUAUGUACCAGUACGUGUGUACCGUCCGUCAGAUGUUCCAAUGAAAGCGGAAACUGUUAUGCAGUUGAGUUAUCAGCCCAUGAAGAGUGCAGAUAAAGUUGAAAAACCAUGGAGCGAGAAGCCUACUUAUCAAUUUCCAGUUACUCCAAUGGAAGAUAAUACUACGUAUAAUAUGAGGUUCUUUAUUUCAUAUAAAUUAAUUAUAAUCUAAUCUCUGAUUAAACAGACUGGUAAAUUAUAAUCUAAUCUCUGUUCAAACAAUGGUAAAUUAUUUCAAUUGCGAAAAUUUUCAGAAAUAUAGAAAAUGAAAUAUAAAAUAAAAAAUAAUAUUUAGUUUAAACACGUAUCAAACAUUAUAUUUACAUAA